GCAUAGGAGCGUGUUGCGGGACAUACAGGCAGGAGAAACCGAUAUGUUCUCCAACUAGAGAUCUAUGGAAGCGUGGAAAACCAUAUGGACACAGACGCUGUCUGCGGGAAUGGGCUGCUGAUGUAUGAUAGCUAGUCGGGCAUGCACGUUGUGCCGACUGAAACAGUGUGAGACCACAGAUGGAUCCCUUGUGUAAUGGAAUCAAGAAAGCAGAGGGCAGUGAUCUUGUUGUAGACCCUCGCCCCCCUCCUGCUAAGCUGGCUCGACUGGAACAACAGGAGGGGGGGCCCUCGACCCAGGAGAGGAGCAGGCAUGGUAGUCCUGUGGCCAAAACCUCCUGCACUGCACAGAAACCCACCACAGCGAGGUCACAAGUAAAGAGCUGGCACGUAAGAGGGAGCCUGCUGCCAGUCUUCUGUGUGGUGGAGCACACGGACAGCCCUUUGGAAGGAGAGAAGAGAGAAGAGCAUGCUGAGUUUGUGUUGGUCAAGAGAGAUCUGCUGUUUAACCAGCUGAUAGAGAUGGCCCUGCUGACACUUGGAUAUUCACACAGUUCUGCAGCACAGGCUAAAGGUCUGAUCCAGGUAGGCAGGUGGAACCCAAUGCCUCUGUCCUGUGUAACCGAUGCUCCAGACGCCACAGUGGCAGACAUGCUGCAGGAUGUUCACCAUGUUAUCACCCUUAAAAUACAACUGCACAGCUGUCCUAAAUUGGAGGACUUGCCAGCUGAGCAGUGGAGUCACUCGACGGUGAGAAAUGCUCUGAAAGAGCUUCUCAAGGACAUGAACCAGAGUUCACUUGCCAAGGAGUGCCCACUGUCCCAGAGUAUGAUAUCAUCUAUUGUAAAUAGCACUUACUAUGCAAAUGUCUCAGCUGCCAAGUGUCAUGAGUUUGGUCGAUGGUACAAGCACUUCAAGAAGUCCAAAUGCUUCAAGGAGAUUGACAACUUUUCUGACCAGUCCUCACAUGUAACCCUUACCCAGCCAGUCACUGGUGCCCCAGCUGAUCAGAGCUCAACUCUCCUUUUCCCUCGUGGCGUAGUUGCCAACAUAUCCAGUCGCUCACCCCUCAGUCUGCGCCCUCCUGGGCUGGUAACUCAGUCUCUGAACCCCCAAAUGGUCAACCAGCAGCUGGUGAUGGCCCAGUUUCUCAACCAGCAGUAUGCUGUUAGUCGCAUGCUAGCUGGCCAGGGUCUGGCAUCAUCACCACAGCAGUAUCUGAACCAUCCCCCCGUAGGGAGGCCUCCUGCCAAGGUCUUCCCUAAAGCUCCCGAUCCCCAAGCCCUGCAGCAAGCACAAUGUGGCCAAGGUGGAUGCUCUUCAACUGGACUGCAAACCCAGACCUCGGCUGCGUCUUCCGUCGGACCGACUGAGGUGCCGAGUGACAUCUACCACUGCGUGAGGGAGGAGCUUAAGAGAGCAGGCAUCUCCCAAGCCAUCUUUGCCCGGGUGGCCUUUAACAGGACCCAGGGCCUACUCUCUGAGAUCCUACGAAAGGAGGAGGACCCAAAACAUGCCUCCCAGUCUCUGCUGGUCAACCUGCGGGCCAUGCACAACUUCCUGCAGCUCCCAGAGGCUGAGAGGGAGCGCAUAUACCAAGAGGAGAAGGAGCGAAGCCUGACAGGAUUCACACCCAGCUGCAACAACACGCCACCAAGGUCCUCACAGUCAAGACUGUCCCCAGUUACAGGAGACAGAGGACUGAGGACAGACAAUUGCGUUCUCAAUGUCAGUGCCGCUAUCUAUGAGGACAUCCAGCAUGAGAUGAAGAGAGCCAAAGUGUCUCAGGCGCUGUUUGCAAAGGUUGCUGCUUCCAAGAGCCAGGGAUGGUUGUGUGAGCUGCUGCGCUGGAAGGAAGAACCCAAUCCAGAGAACCGGACCCUGUGGGAGAAUCUGUGCAUGAUCCGCCGGUUCCUCAGCCUGUCCCAGAAUGAACGAGAUGCCAUCUACGAACAGGAGAGCAGCAACAUGACUGCACAGCAGCACUGCAUUGACAGGUUCACCCUGCUCAGCAAUGACAAUACAUUGUACCAACGCAGCUCUUUGAUGCCACAGCAACACCAUCUACAACCCCAUCAGCCCCUGCAGCCCGAGUCAGGACCUCACCUGUCCCCAACACAACCCUGCGCUGCAUCACCAGCCGAAUCUGAUGCUGGCGGCACCUGGGGGCACUUGAGAGUACGUUUGCAGGGCAGAGCCAGCAGCAAUGGUGAGAGAGGGGACAGUAAGGAUUGGGUUGAAGGUGGAAGAGAAGACAGGGACAGUUUGGGUGGGGACUGGGGUUGUACUGGAAAAGUAAGGGACAAAGGUACAGAAAGCAGUGAGCAGGUGUGGAAUGGAAAUAUGGGGAAGGAAAGCAUAGAUGACACCACAGGAGAGGGCAAAAAGGGCAAAGUUAAGGAAAAGUUGUCUGUGAAGUGGCCUGGCAUGAAGAAUGAGGACCAAUGUAGGCCUGGGAUUUGUUCAGGGACAGACAAAGAGGUAGGAACUUGCAAUGAGGUCCAAGGCCAGGGGUUAAAUGUGUCCGGUGAUGCCCUGGGUAUCCUGCAAAGUUUUGUGAAGGAUGUGGGCCUCAACCCAGACGAGGAAGCGGUCCACACCCUGUCUGCCCAGCUGGGCUUGCCUAAACACACCAUUCGCAACUUCUUCAAUAGCCAGGACCAAGGACAAAGCCAAGACCACAGCCCAAGACAUAGUCGUGACCAUGAGCGUGGCUACACAGACCCAAACCUCUUACAGGUAGAUGUAACUGCACAACAACUGGAAGAGGAAGGUGAUGGAAAGACUGAAACAGAACAGAAGGAGAAAAACCUAACAGGAAGAAUUGAAACAAGUGAGGUAACUGUUUUAAAAGAAUUGGAUGUUGGCACUCAAACUGUUCCCUCUAUGAAGGAAGAGCAGGAGAGCUACAUCUAACCUGCAUACAUCCAGUGACGUGCAGCAGGCCGGACAAGCCAUAGGUACCGUUAUGAGCCAGCACCAAGUGGUUCUGCUCUCUGAAAUAUAGCAACCUUAGUGUAAAAGCUACUCCGCAACACUUAAAUUGCUCCAGUCCAGAAUCACAGUGUUUUGGUAUUUAUGUGUUUAUAGGCUUGCAUUGUUGCAUACUGUGGAAAGACUAAUAAAAUACUGUGUAUGCCACAGCUUUCAUAACCAGAGACUCAAGUUAUGUAAUUACUUAGAAAGCUGUUCUGUGAUUCGAGGAUUCUUGAUGCACUUGAGACAGAGUUUACUGUGACCGAACUUUAGU